CCGAACUGCUCAAAAUUCCCGCUAUCGGUUCUCCAGAACCUGUCAGAACCUGCUGGAUUUCACCCCUGCCGUAAGCUGUGUGUGCUACCUCUCCAGCCAAGGGUGGUGUUAUAAACUUCAGUUUAUAAACUAUUGUAAAUGGAACUAAAACCAUCGUUAAGCCAAUGCUCGUCAGCAUAACACAGCCGGUCUGUUGUGUGAUUCACAGCCGCUCCUGAGGAACAGUUUCGUGUUCAGCCUUCCUAACACAAACAGUUUUAAGUGGUGGGGAGUCUGGACGUUGCACAUAUCAAGCCCGCCCAUAACAAACCCAUUUCCCCACUGAAUUUUGUGGCGUUCCUCUUUUCUUUUCUUUUUCUUUUUGUCAUAUGAGAGACUGGGAAAGCUGAGCGUUUCAAACUCUCUGGCAGAGAGAGAGAGAAAAAGAGAGUCUUUCUCUUGUCUCUUUCCCCAGAGAGCUUGAAGGCGAAUGCGUGUGACCUUUCAUUUCCCCUGUUUUGUGUUUAUUCCGCACCACUUAGUGGGAUGUGACCAUCUCAGGCUACUCCUGUCUCCCACACAUCUGAUACUCACUCCCCUGUCACACGUCACAUCCUGAGUCAGGUGUUAACACACUUCAGUUGAGGAGUUCGUCUCUCUCUUUCUCUCUCUCCCAUUUGCAUGAAACAGUCCUGACAUUUUUAUUUUUAUUUUAUUUUGCUUUGGAGGGAACCAAAGGAAGACGAGAGAGACUUCUUGCAGCAACUCCCGACUACCAACUCCCUAUGCCAAGCUUCCUAAAAGAUGUUGAGUCCCCUCCAGAAGUGCGGCUCGGAAGGUUGUCUUCUAGAUUGUGACUUCCUGCCAUGGCACCGGAGCACCCUUCGGAAGCAACAUCAGAACUGCGAGGAUCCGGAGCCAAGGAGCAACGGUGAAAAGCAGGAGAAACCUUCCACCCCAAGCAUUCGUUUAGAUGACACCGAAGUGGUCGACUGUCUUCAGCUCCCGCUUCAAGACCCAGGAGGGUUCUGGCGCUCUCGAAGCGAGGGACGUUUGGAUCAACAAGGGGCACCAUGCCAAAGGGGGACUGAGGAAGGGGACAAAACAGGAAGUGGGUGGAGCUUGCCGUCCCCCAAAUCUUUGAGGAAAGAGCGACAGCUGGGUGAGAAAGUGGCAGCAGCAAAGCAACACCUGAGGAAUUUCUUUGGAGGAUCAAACAAAUCACUAGCCUCCAGUGUGGAAUCGGACAUAGGGUCAGACGGCGAUGGCAGCCAUCAGAACGCACAGCAGAAGCAAAAACGUCCCCGAAAGAAGAACAAAAAAAAUUUCCUAAGGUUGUGGAGCUCAGGAAAUCAGGACCUCCAGUCGCUAAGGCCAACUCCCGAGGAAGCCCAAGAAUGGGCAGAAUCUUUAGAAAAACUGCUACUACACCCAUAUGGCCGAGCUGCCUUCCAUGCUUUCUUGAAAUCAGAAUUCAGCGAAGAGAACCUGGACUUCUGGAUGGCCUGUGAAGAUUAUCGAAAACUCCGAGGUUGCGACAAACUCCAGGAGAGUGCAAAAAAGAUUUUUGACCAAUAUAUCACCAUCCAAGCUCCGAAAGAGGUGAAUCUUGAUUCCCAGACCAGAGAUGUCACCAAUCGGAAUAUUUUGCUCCCCACCCGGUCUUGCUUUGACCAAGCCCAAAAGAGGAUCUUCGGGUUGAUGGAGAAAGACUCGUAUCCCAGAUUCCUUCGUUCUCUCGUCUAUCAAGAUCUGGUACAGCCUGAUAAAGAGCAGCCGAAUGGCCCCUUGUAAACCUGCCGUAUUCGCCCUUCCUCUUCUUUUCAAGCCCACCUUGCGAAGGAAACACCUGGAGACAGCUUUGCUGUUCUGGAUACGGACAAGCCAAGGAAGUUUGGGAGAAAUGGACUGCCAUUUGUCUUAUUCUGUUGAGAUGGCAAAUGUGCUCCGUUCAUAAACAUUAUGGUGGAUAAAAGAGAUGAUGGACAGACCUUUCAUUCCCCAAACUAGGUAACAUCAUCAGUGCUAGUACAAGUGGCUUUUUGGGGGACUUCAGUAAAAUAUUAGAAUUCUAGAAGCGGAAAUUGUGCCUGUUUUGUUUGUAUCAAAACGAACGAAAGCAACUUUAUGACAGGGCCUAUAAAGCUGGGUGAUGCCUGCACUGCUGCUGGGAUGAUAUUGCUCAGGUUGGAAAAUGAAAUUUAGUUGCCUAGUGUAUUUAUAAGUCUGUUUCAGCUUGUUUCUCCCCUGACGGGCAGAAUUUCUCCAAUGUCUUAGAGAAGAGUGUUUACUGUACCCCUUUGUUAUAGAAAUAAUUUGGGAUUGAAGUUGGGACCUUUGCGUGUUUGUCACCCUCAGUGUGUGAAAUUAGGCGUCUUAUAGACAGCCUAGGAGAUGGUCUCCAAUCUGUAGGCUGCGGCCCACUAAUGGGUUAUGAGGGGUUUGUAACGGGCUGUUGAAACGGCCAAUGCGUGCACACUCCAUUUAAGUUAUCGGCAGGGGUGUGUGCGCGUCACUCAUGCAAAUGGAGCUGUGCGCUUGCUAGCCACUCGCACAGAACCAUCCCCUCUCCCCGUCCCUCCUGUCGGUCCACAAAGCCGGAAAUAUUGGAGAACUCUGGCCUAGGAAAUGUAUAAAAAGCCAAAAAUGGGACGUUGAAGCAUGAAACGCUUAAUAUUUCACAGAUUUCCUGGGCACUCUAUGCAAUGCCAAAAGGCAAACGGGCAAAGUAUAAAAUACUCCCUCUGAAAAGCCAUUCUAGGAUUCCUUAUUGCAACAUGUAGGUCAAGAAUGGUGUUUUUCCUCUUGUUUAUUUUUUUUUUUUUUUAGUAGGAAAGUCCUGUUGUACUUUACAUUGCAUUUCUUCUUUCAUUUUGAUCUACAUCUUUUCAGUAAAGGGUUAGGAUUAGGGUUAAGUAUGAAAGGAGAAUCAUGACUUUUCGUGACUCUCUUUUCCUACUUUGCCUAAACAGUUCUUGUCAGUCUGCAUAAUGCCUAAGUAUUAUAUACAAUGCCUAAGGAAAUUAUACUGGUUGUCCUUGACUUACAACAGUUCAUUUAAGAGCCGUGGUGGCUCAGUGAUUAGAAUGCAGUACUGCCAGCUACUUCUGCUGAAUUCUGGCUGCCUACAAUUUGGCAGUUCGAAUCUCACCAGGCUCAAGGUUGACUCAGCCUUCCAUCCUUCCGAGGUCAGUAAAAUGAGGACCCAGAUUGUUGGGGGACAUAUGCUGGCUCUGUAAACCGCUUAGAGAAGACUGUAAAAGCACCGUGAAGCAGUAUAUAAGUCUAACUGCUAUUGCCGUUUAGCGACCACUCGAAAUUAACAGCACUGAAAAAAGUGACAUGACCAUUUUUUUUACACUUAUGACUGUUGCAACACCCCUGUGGUCACAUGAUCAAAAUUUAGACAUUUGUCAAUAGACCCAUAUUUAUGACAGUUGCAAUGUCCCUGGAUCAUGUGAUCAUCUUUUGCAGCCUUCUCACAUGAGCAAAGUCAGUGGGGAAGAUGAAUUCACUUAACAACCAUGUUAGUAACUGAACAACUUCAGUGAUUCACUUAACAACCGUGGCAAGAAAGGUCGUAAAAUGAGGCAAAAUUCGCUUAACAACUGUCUCAACAACAGGAGUCCAUUUUGGUCAUAAGUAGAGGACUACCUGAAUAGAAUAUUUAAAGUAACACAGACAUUUUCAUCCUUUGGCUGAAAACGUCACGCAUUCUAUACACAUUCUCGGCACUCUAUAUACAAUGCCAACUUUUCGCACAUUGCCGGUAACAUCUUCCCAAGGAAAUUCUGCCUCUGUUCCUUCCCCAAUUUCAUACUGUGCCCGUGUAGAAUUUAAUGGGGUGUCUGGCAUUGACAAUCGACCAUCCUUCAAGAAGGAAUGGUAGGAAUGUCAUAGGAAUGCAGUCCAUGAUUCUUUUCAAAUUUCCAGGUGAAUAGAAGCUAGAAGCACGACUCUGUAGCUGUCAAGUCUCCCAUAGCUGGGCACGACCAAG